UCCCUCACCUCCAUUCACCCCCUCGUUUGUGUUGCAGCCUAAUCACCAAACGUAUCGCGCUUCUGAACCCGCUCCUCUUCUGCAACCGUCUCUUUUGCAAUAGAGCAUCAGCCAAUUCAGCUCGUCGAUUCGUCGCAGCCAAACAAUCAGCAGAGAUGAGACCCUUUCUUCCGAUGGCAUUCCGCCUCAGAAAUCUUGCACACUCACAAAUAUGCCUGCAGGUCAGCAUUUCCCAGACAGCAAUGGCGGCCUGGCAAAGAUCCAGUCGGGCUCUGUUGGGAUCUGAGCAAACACGGCCUCCUUUUGCUCCGGGUGCAGCGCUAGUCUCGGCUCAAGCGCACGGCAUCGAGCUUGCGCCCGAGUCGAACACUUCAGAGGCGACGUGGUGGGAUGGGCUUUUGAAAGCGGUGCCGAAGAAGAAAGUGAGCCAUAGUCGCAAAGCUAUGCGGAGCGCCAACAAGGGUCUCAAAGACAGAACAGACUUCGUGCACUGCCCCGCUUGCGGCACUCCCAAGCUAGCGCAUCACAUUUGCAAAUCUUGCUACUCUGACAUUGCGAGGGAACAGAAAGCUGCCAAGCGUGCUGAAGCGGCAGCGCAGCCGGAAGUGAGGUGACGUGAAACGAUUCUUGCAAGCGCCUCGGUCACUCGGGAAGAAGCUGCCGGGUGGUAGGAGCUGUUGCAUCCCACAAGAGGUUUCGAAAUUGAGGGGCAUAUGCACUUCAAGCGGCGCGAUUGUCACCGUCUACGACUCACACACUACUCCCAGCAAUGAUAUUCGGUCAUGUCAAAGCAAGC